AGAUUUUGAAUUGCUCGCACUCAUAUUUACACGUUGUUACCUCGAGGUGCUCAGAGCUUCUCUCUUGUUGUGAAUUGAUGUAUAGGACUUGUUAGAGUUUAUGAUUCAAACUUAGGAUUAACUCCAUGUUUUUAUUUAUCAAAUAAAUCUGGCUAUCUGAAAAAUACGUUGCUGACUGCGUUUAAAAUAGUUGUUCCAAAGUGGAUUUUGACUCAGAAUUAAUGUUGCUAAUGAUAGUGAUGAAUGUCCGUUUUAUGUUCAACAAAACAUUCUGAAUGUUUUCAAGUUAUGAAUGUAAACAAGCCACAUUUUUAGCUAAAAUAUACUCCAGUAUGCAUCCUGAAGAUCUACCAAUAGGCAUAAAGAUGCCAGACUCGCCAGAAAGUCUGAUUAAAAAUCAAAUUACUUCUAAUUCCGCUAGUGGUGUUACAGUUAUCUGAACUUUCCUUCCCCCAGGUGUGAAUGGGAAUCAUUCACCGCAUCCUCCUGGUGGUACCCCCUCUCCCCCCAUCAACUCCCUCUCCUCGUCAAACUCUGUUCCUCAUCAUUUGGACCUUCCCGGUGGCAACGGCACCUCCAGAAGCAAGCAUGUCAUCAAAGUCAAACGAUUCCUAGCGACACUGCAGCAGUUCGCCUCAGAUAUGUCAGUGGAAGUGGGCGAAAGAGUCCACAGUCUCAUUAUAGGCUUAGUUAGUUCUUCUGUCUCUAUAGAAGAUUUUCAUCACAAGAUUCAAGAAAUCACAAAUUAUCCUCUCAGGCCCUUUGCAAUUCCAUUCUUAAAAUCUCAUCUUCCCAUCUUGCAAACGGAACUUAUUCAUUUUUCGAGGAUGGCAAAACAGACACCUCAGCAAUAUCUACGACAGCACGAGCACGUGAUCCUGGACACCUCAUCCCACCCGAGUUCUGAGCCAUUCGAGAUUUUCCAGUCUUCCGCGGAUGCAAAAGAGAACGGAAAAAGACGGUCGCCUCCUAGCAGAAAUGGCAAACUGGAUGUCGAUUACAGUGAAACCAAUGGUGAUGGUCCUCCACCAGCCAAACGACACCAUCCUAUCCCUAGUCCUACCCUCAGCUCCCGGACGAGUCCUGGAGCUCCAUCCGGCCUUGGUUUACCACCAAGUCUGAAUCUAAGACUACCUGACGACACCGUCCACCCGUACAGAGACAGAGAAGGUAGAAUGGACAGAUAUGACCGAUUUGAAAGGGAUUUCUAUAGGCCCUUUUAUGGUAAUAUGUCACGAGAAUAUUCAGAUGACCGAGAAAUGGAAGAAGAGUGGAGGAACAUUCACACAAUGCUGAACUGCAUCCUGGGCAUGGUAGAGAAGACAAAACGCGCUUUGUGCAUCCUGCAGCACCGAAGCUACGCCGAGCGAGCGGAACUCACGAGCUGGAUCAGACAUCCGGAAAUGGAACCUAAGAAGAGGCCCUCUGAUAUCGUGUCGCAUUUCAAGAUUGCGGAGGACCGAGUGACCGAGGUCCGGCGGAGGGCAGAAGAAGCGGUGAACGAGGUGAAGAGGCAGGCGGUAGCCGAGCUCCAGAAAGCGGUGUCGGCGGCUGAGAGCAAGGCCAGCGAGUUGGUGGCGGCAGAGAGGAUCAAGAUGGAAAGAAUGCUGGCUGAAGCACGGCGGCAGGCAGCGGAGGAUGCUUUGGCCGUCGCCACCCAUCAAGAGGAAUCGACAGAGAUGUUCUCUUCUUCCACCACCAGAACUGCUGGAAUUGCGGCAGGAAGGCCAGUGAGACUUGCAGCGGCUGCAACAUCGCACGGUACUGCGGUUCCUUCUGCCAGCACAAAGACUGGGAAUCUCAUCACCGAGUCUGCAGUCAGACUUCUACUUCCCUCCCAGCCACAUCGUCCACCAGCACUCCACCCAGGACAACAUCUGACCACAGUCCGAGCCCUUCCAGAACAUCGGCCUUGGUUGAUGUCAAACCCAUCAAGAUUGAUAUGAUGUAAAUAAUAAGUUCUUCACUUUUACAGGCUUUACUUCAGUGCAAUUUCCUCCAAAAACAGACAUUUUUGUUUCGGGGGGGGGGGGGACGAGGAUUUGAUAUUUCAUUUGGACAACGCACACUCGAUGUUUCUCAACUUACGAAAAUCUUCAUGGUAAAUUAUGUGUUCAUGUUCUAGUUGUUUUUUCAAUGUCAGUGGUGAAGACUUUUGAUUCAGAUCAUUUUCAUGAGAUGUAUCUGCUAUGAUGUGAUCCAGUUGUAGAUGUGCCAACCAACCAAAUUAAGGG